AUGGCCGCCAGGGACUGUAACGGUUGCAAAAGUCAUGGCCAGACUUUUCCAUCGGGCGUUACGUACUGCGUUGAGAGGGCCGAGGAGGGACGGGAUUCGAUACUGUGCACGGCAGCUCUUCUUGGACACACGAACUGCGUCAGGAUCCUCGUUGAAUACAGAGAAGCAGACGUCGAAGAACUGGGCUCAGUUUCAGCUGAAGGACCUCUCGUGUCUGGAGUUAGUCCUUUAUGGUGCGCUGCUUCCAAUGGCCAUUACUGGGUUGUUGACUAUCUCCUUUCUAAGGCGCCAAUCCAAAUGGCGAAAACCAGUUUCAACGGCACUCCACUGCAAGCAGCGUGUGCACUUGGGUACUUCGAAAUUGUCAGGCUUCUUGAGGAACACGGGGCCUACAUCGAGGCUGCUGAUAACCGCGCUGUCACUUGUCUGAUGCUUGCUUCCUUCGGCGGCCAUUUGGAAAUCGUGAAGUACCUUUUGGAAGUGGGCGCUGAUGUCAAUGGCAAAAACAUAGAAGGCGAAAGUGCACUCCACGCCUGCGCAAAGGCAGGACAUCUGGAAGUAAUGAAACUGUUGCUGGAACACAACGCUCGGACGGGUCCCGACUAUUCUGUUGCCAGCGUUACGUCAAUGGCCGAACUCAUUCAUCCAAAAACCCAGGAUAAUUCGUCUUGUCCUUCAGAUGGGGAGUUCAGUGAAGUCAACACCUUGGAGGAAUUAGAAACACGGUAUCAUCCACAGAGGGCAUAUGCCACAAUCAGUGAUUCUCUGCUCCACGAGAUCGCAUGCGAGGAGGAUGUUCCAACACCAGAUGAGAAUGUUUCAUCAGGUUGUGAUAAGUCUCCGUAUUCUCUUUUUAGGGAAAAGUGUUCGAGUUCAGGGCGAGCCUACGGCAUCAUUCUCAGCAAAGCCUCCAUAAAUGUAAUGAGCUCUGUCGCCGCCUUGUUUACAUACCGUAUUGGUAUGAAGGAGUUGUUCCCAUUUGCCAGACCGGUUGUGUUGGUUCCUACGUAG